ACAAUUUGCAGUAUACAAUACUAACAAUCAAUUAUUGGUUUGAAAAAUAAACAAAAAAAAAGAAAAAGAAUGCCAUUUGAAAUAACUUACUGAUUUUCUGCAGUAUAUAAAUUUUUACACCUGAAACAAUAAUUUUACCUUUCGUAAUUCACAUAUACCAUAUACAAUAGAAAUAAAAUUUAUAUACACUAUAAAACUAUAUAUGAAAAGAUGUCGCAUACAAAUUUCUAUUGGAUAUUAGCAAUAACUUAUUUAUCGUAUAAUUGUGUAUUUGGUUUUUCAUCAUUAAGAACAAAUCCAUCAGUAUCUGGAUCAUUAUCACCAACAGAUAAUUUACAAUCAUUAUUAGCAAGCGAUAAUUCAGAUGGACAAUCAGAAAAUUUAAGUGGUAUUUCUCUAUUACAACAACAACUACAAUCAUCAUCAUCAGAUGGUAAUGAACUAAAAUCAUCAUCUGCAGCAGCAGCAGCAGCAAAUCAUCAAUUACAACAAUUAAUGGAACAUUCAAUGAUAUCACCACUAUCAACAACACUAUUUGGUAAAAAAUCUCCAUCAUCAUCAUCAUCUCUAAAAGCAUCACUACACCAUGAUGACUAUUUGCCACAAACACAAAUAUUACCAGACGAUAAAGAUCGUUCUAUUUAUGAUCCCGGUGAUGAAUUCAUAAAAAAUUACAAUUCUGAUGAACGUGAUGACUAUAUGGACCUAAAUAGCGGUUUGGUUAACAAUGAUAUCGACAUCAAUGAUAAAAUUGGUGUUCUUAGAAGAAUAGAAGAAGACAUCCGAGAUGAACAGGAUAUUAUUAGUAAAACGUCCCUUAUGAUGCAAAUGCUUGAGGACCCAUCAAUUGAGACAUUACCUAUAGUAUACGUAGAAGAACCGUCUAUAACAACACCAUCACAACAAAUUGAUUCAAGUCUUGAAGUAAAUAAUUUUCUUCAGGGUAGCAAUGUUGGCCUAGAAAAGCGUUCAAGAUAUUAUAGAAGAUAUCCUUGGAAAAGACAUAGCAGCAGAAAUAGAGGAACUUACGAAGCUGAUGCUCGUUAUUUAUGUGUACCUAGUAAAGAAGAUGUAUUUAAACUUUUGGUAGGAUUGCAUGAAAACCGCAACGGAAAUCAACAUAAAACUGUAAAUUUCUGUAAUCGAAAACGUCCUGCUAAAACCAUAUUUACAAAUAUUAGAUUUUUGGGUUAAAUAGUUUCAUGACAUCUAUACAUAUACAUUGCAUCUAUAUAUAAAACAAACAUAUAUAAAAGUUUUUAAUAUUAAAAAAAUUCUUAUUCUUAACUUGUAAAAAUAUAAUGGGACUUAUUAUAAAAUCAUAUAGAGCUACUUUUGCAAACAAAUCUCUACUUAUUUUAUUAUUUUGGGAAAAUUUUACAUAAUUUUUAAAUUCUUAAGCAUGAAUAAUUCUUAGAUAUGCAUACAUAUUAAAAGUAAAAUUAUAACAAUCUUUAUUAACACAUUAAAGAAAUUUAAUUAAACAUUCUCUCCAGCAACACAAUUUAGGAUCAAAAUAUUAAAUUUAAAGCACUCUUUAUUAGGAUGCGAAAAGUAGAAGGAAAAAAAAUUGUAGUACUUCUAUACAGUAUAAUUGCAAAACAUCAUGUGUAUAGGUGGAUUAUUCUUAAAAGAGCGCAUCACUAAGUAAUACUGGGUUUAUCUGACGAGAAAACUCAGCCACUUAUAUGAAUAUUUUUCGUAAAAAUUAUUAACACAUGAAUGUGGUUUGUGUUUAAAAUAUAAUUGUUUACAAUAAAAUGAAAUACCUAAGUAUGCAUGUAAUAUGUAAAAUUUUCUUAAAAUCAAAUAUGUAUGAAUUUUGUAAAAAAUUUAUUAAUCCGCAGUCCUAAAUUUCUCUAUAUUGUUCAACUUUUUUCAUUUAUUUUAUUAUUAUUUUAAAUGAAUGAAAAUUGCUACAAAACUUACAAAAUAAAAAAAGAAAACCUUUUUAAAUAUAUAA